AUGGCAAUCUUUCCGCAAUUCGAGCCGGAUCCCGAGACGUCGCUGCUCCAGCAGUGCCAAUUCAUCAUCCACCGCAUUACAGUCCUGCUCGAUGAACUUGAGCAGCUCAAGGCUGCCAUCGAGAGGCGGCCGGCGUCGGGGCAUAAGCCCGUUGCGUGGAACCAAGCUGUUCCGGGACUCGGGUUCUUUGAACGGCUUAUUGUUUCUGAGAAGAAGCAUCUUGAGAAGAUGGUGGCGGCGUAUGAUGAUGAUGGGGGUGAUAGUGGUGAGAGGGAAGAAAUUGACACCGAGGCGCUGGAUAGUCGGAUCCGGCUGAGGCUCGAUGCGUCGAAUUACAAGUUUUACGAGACGGUGUGGGAGGUUACGAAGAGGUGUUGUGAGCUUACGGGGAUGAGGAGGGACUUGAGCUACAAGACUGUUGGGGGCAAGAGCGUCAGUGCCGUGAUUGAUUUGGUCGUGAAUGGCGGCGCGGACUGGGUCAAAGUUGUAACGACGACGGAGCGGAGGCUGUUCUACGAGAUGGCGGACGCCGGGUGGGAUUGGGAGGAGGAUUUCGAGGACGAGGGCGCGGACGAGGCCAUGUUGGAGAUUUUGGGGGACGAGACGGAAGAUAGUAUCGAGGUCGCCAAGGUCGCGAGGCACAUGGUUGCCGCGGCGAGGACGUCGUAUCAGGAUUAUCGGCGGCCGAGGGUAAGGAUACUCAUGUCGAGGGUGUCUGAGGGCGAGAAUGACGCUGUGGAUCAUCUGUUGAGGUUGGUGCGGAAGAUGGGCGGCGGGGACGUGGAUCUUGUGGUUGAGACGGCGAAUGGGCCCGGGAUCUUGACGGAGGCCACGCCGCCGCUGGGGGAGGCGAUUGCGAAUCUCGUGGAGGCGGAUUAUUACAAGGAUUUCACGGCGACAGUGAAUGUGGAUUGUUCGGUGUUCAUGGCGUUGGCGUCGGAUUUCAGUCACAUGGCGAUUGGACCGGACUCGGAGCUGUUGAGGUCGAAGCAGCACCGGAUCGACGCGACGGAUGAGGUUGAGAAUGGGCCGCGGUUGGUGAAUACGCUGUAUCCUGCUAUCACUGGCCGGACGCUGGUGUGUACGCGAGAGGCGGCGGAUACGUUUCUCAAGAUUGUGCGGGAUAUCGGGACUGAGGAGGAGAAGGCGAGGACGAGGAUUUUAUUUGAGAAGGGUGAAGAUGCUGAAACAGAGGGAAGUGAUCAAGAUAGAGCGCGGCGGGUGAGGCUGCUCCAGGAACUAUCUGUCUAUCCUGUCCCCGAAGACCUACGCCUCCCAGUGCAGAUCGUGGACUCUGUCUCGUGGGACGAUGCGCAGCGGAUGGUCGCCGAGGGCCAACUCCCCGCCGUCGCAUUGGCCGUCGGGAAGAAAGGGUCCGGUCUGAACGCCAUGAACGUCUCGUCGUUCUUGUACGGGUGGAAGGCGAAGCUGACGACGGUGACGUCGAAUUGGGAGGCGGCCAAGAGGUUGAGGACCGUGAUUGAGACGAAUCGGGUGACGGGGACCGAGGUUGGGCCGCAUAUUUGGCGGAUACCGUUUUCGAGAAAGUUGCUUGCGAAGCCCAAGAAGGAGGGGGAGAGUUGGAGGUUGAAGACGAGGCAGGAGAGGAAGGUUGAGAAGGAGGCGAGUUUGCAAAGUUGGAUUUCGAGCGAGGGGACGGAGACCAUCGCGAAGAUGACGAUAGACGACAGCAAAUGA